AUGACAGCUGAAAGCUCACUCCAGCUGGAUGCUGGUCUGACGCUCUGUGAAACAGACUGGGCUCCAAACGAGCUAUUGGCCCUAGAGGCCAUAUUUUCUUAUAUAAGCUCGAAUCGCCAUCCGCUGCUCAGAGAAGAAGACGACAACGAAGACGACUAUUAUACCGUCGCAGAUGAGAUCCUGGAGGCGUUUGAAAAUGAUCCAGGUUAA